GUGAGAGCAGAGAAAAGAGAGAGGUCAGUUUUUCCCCUUGAACAUUUCCCUCUACCCAAGCCCUUCCUUCUCUGCUCUUUGGAUUCCCAGAAAAUAUUUUCUCUAAAUUUUCUUCCAAACCAAGCACCUUCCCUCAACUCUUCCUUCGAUUCGUCUCUAGAUUGCUAAAAUCUGUCUACGAGGAGCCGUGGGAGAUUAGGACGAUUUCGUGUCUCCGGAUAGGGUUUUGUCGGAGUCAAAAGGCAUGGGAUUGGAUGGCGCUGAUCUCUCUGAUGACGGCGAUGGUGAAGGUAAAGCCUUUGCUGCUUCCUCCGUCUCCUGCUCAAUUUGCCUCGAAAUCGUGACGGAUAAUGGGGAUCGGGCCUGGGCCAAGCUUCAAUGCGGACAUCAAUUUCAUCUAGAUUGCAUUGGUUCAGCAUUCAAUAUCAAAGGGGCAAUGCAAUGUCCUAAUUGUCGGAAAAUUGAAAAAGGUCAAUGGCUUUAUGCAAAUGGUUGUCGUACUUUUCCUGAGUUUAACAUGGACGACUUGACACACGAUGAGGAUCUUUAUGAUAGCUACUCUGAAAUGGUUUCUGAUUGGUUUUUGCAGUCCUUUGGGGUUCACUGGUGUCCAUUUAGUGGAUUGACACGUCUUCCUUCAUCUUUUGACGAAGGGGAUUUCUCCUCAACCUCAUAUAACGAUCUAUUGGGACAGCAUGCUAUCUUUGCCGAACAUACAGCUGUUUCAUCGGCUACUCAUCCAUGCCCAUAUAUCGCCUACUUUGGACCAAUUCACCCCUCAUCAUCAAACUCCAGUGGCAGUGUGUCAGAUGGAUCUAAUUUCAAUAAUCACUGGAAUGGCCCAUCAGUACCUAGUGAGAUACCAACUUCUUAUGCCUUUCCUACCAUGGAUUUCCAUUAUCACAGUUGGGAGCACCAUUCCCCUCCAUUCUCCACAAACAGUAGCCGUAUUGGGGCUGAUCAACCUUCAAUUCCGCCUGUAACUCAGAGGCCAGCUAGGGCCAAUUCCGACAUACCAAGAUCAGGAUCUUUUAUGCACCCCUUCCUUGUUGGUCACAGUUCUGGUGCUAGAGCUGGGAGCUCCGUCGCAUCCUCAAUGAUUCCUCCUUAUCCAGGCAGCAAUGCUCGGGCUCGUGACAGAGUCCAGGCUCUCCAAGCGUACUAUCAGCAACAACAACCGAGCAAUUCACCAGCCAUGCGCACACCCAUGAUUUCAGGCAGCCGAAGAUCAGGAAGUCAUAGAGGCUUGGCUCAAGUAGGGCCAGUGGCCUCUUCAUCUGACCAGAGUAGCGGCUUUUACUUCUUCCCAUCAGGUACAUCAGGCAGGAACUUCCAAGAAGCAGAAAAUCCUCUCCCAACUCGAUUUCAUGGAUGGGAAAGAGAACACUUGCCGUCUUUCCCGCUUACUCAAGUAGAGAGAGAUUCAGGUUGGGGGGCAUUCCAUCAGGCCGGAAGCGGAUCAGAUUCGGGCAUCAGGCCCAGCAGCUUCCGACAGAGGCAUGGAUCGGACAGGACAUCAUCACAGAAUCGGUCAUAGACACACUUCCUAUCUUUAUCCUCUUUUGGUGAAGCAAACUAAUCUCUCUACUAUGACUGAAACAAAAAAAAAUUAUGUAUGUUUGAGAAAACGAUAUAUAAUGCUUGGAGUCUGUCAGGGCCCCCCCCCUGACAGACUCAAAAACUGUGGAGUGGCCCCCGAAAGUGAUCUUUUUGGCAGCCACGUUGGCUGUGUGAUGGACUAUAAGCUUCCUCUAGUUUCUUUGCCCGGAGGAUAUAAAAUAAGAUUGCAUGUUGGAUGGAA